GUUGUCCUGCAGUUGUCCUGCCGUACACCUAUGGUGAAAUCGAGACGAGUAAAGAACAGAGCCCUGCGGGCUUUGCGAGCAUUUAGUCUCUUGGCUUUAAGGAUGUAUUCUCGGUACGCCCUCUGCGCAGAUUCAGGAAUCAGGAAAUGUGUAUUGGCAUUAUAUGUUAAUCAUACAUGGAAAUUGUCUUGGCGGUUGGUGCAUAACGGAAGACAGUACAAUAAACACAACAUAGUGCAGCAAUAAGAUAAAAUUAAAAGUAUAAUAAAAUACAUGCUAUGGGUUAGUACGCUAAAGCUAUGGGUUAGUAAGUAAGAAGAGAUUAAGAUAAACUUAAAUAAAAUAAUAGAUAAAAAUAUAGAUAAAGUGCACCAGCUAAACAAAGUGACAAAGUGAGUCGACAUGGGAGUGAGAGUCAGUCAGAGCCGCGGGCUCUGUUGAUGAGCCCCACCGCCGAAGGGAAGAAACUGUUUGUGUGGCGGGAGAUAUUAGUCCUGACGGACCUCAGCCUCCUGCCGGAUGGAAGGGACACAAACAAUUAAUGUCCAGGGUGAGAGGGGUCAGACCACCUAAACCGGGAUUUGACUGAGGUUAGAGCAGUAAGGGGAGCGGCAAAUUGGCUGAAACCUUGUAUCAAACGACGGUAAAAGUUUGCAAACCUGAGAAAACGUUGUAGCGCGACACAGGAGUUGGGUACGGGCCAGUCAGAGUCCACCUGAACCAUAGCCGGGUCCAUACUGAUCCCCUCUCCAGAUAUGACCGAACCAAGAAACAUAACUGAGGAGGUGUGGAAAGAACAUUUCUCCGCUUAAAGAAAAAGUUUGUUCUCCAGGAGGCGUUGGAGAACACGAGGAACAUGUUGGACGUGCACCUGGGGUGAUGGCGAAAAAAUCAGAAUGUCGUCGAGGUAGACAAAGACGAAGACGUUAAGCAUGUGCCUGUCACGAAUUCUCCAGCUUAUUAAUUUUUCUCCUGAUGAAUUUUCUCUCAAUUUUCCUGAUACCUCGUUCAGACCUAGGCCGCCCUUUUUGAUUACGGAUUCCCUGCCUAGCCCUUUUCGGAUUUGUUCGCCUGUUGGACUGAUAUCCCUGUUUUGACCCUGUCUGAUAAAGUAAAUAACUUCUGAAUAACUCCCUGAAAUGUGAGCUUUCGCAACCAAUUUAGGGCACCUUUAAGCCAAAGAGAACAACUCAGGUGGACAUGAGCGUCGUGAACCCUGUUCUGAAAAAGGAACCUUCCAUCGACCACUUGUCGCACUCUGCGUCACUCUAAUACGGUGAUUUUGCCAGUCAUAAUUUAUUUAUCUUGUUGUCACAUUAUGUGCUUGACUGGAUUUAGAACUCUUAAAUACAAUACUAAGUUAGCAAGUCCAAAUGUCAGUGCGUGAGCUAGCGAUAAAACUGCUUAGCUUGAGCAACACGGAGGAAGAAUGACGCUGUUUGGUUUGACGCCAUUUGGUUUGACGGAGUUUGGUCUUAGAAUGACGGAGAUUUUUUCUGAGACUGAAGCCCUUUCACCUGAGCCUGAGAACUUUUGGUCUGAGACCUGACACCCUUUUGUUUAAAUAUGAUACUUCAUCUGUGUGAGAUCUGAGGAUGUCCUAAAAUGAACACCAUAGCUAGCACAUGCUAUGCCAUCUGUCAGUAACACGUGAAGAAAAUCAACAGCAGAAGUAGCAUGUGUGUUCGCACACGCCCCCUUCAGGGAGACGGAGGUACUGGCUCAGCCUCGAGCAGUGAAAAGCAGAAAGGGAGGCUGACAGUCCAUCUGCCUCCUCACCGCUUAUUCACUGUGGCAUUAUGUCAGAUUAGCAAAACUAACCUGUGAAAUACAGGACCCAGGCUAUGGGGUUUGAGGACAUGUGAAAAAACUGUGUACAAACAUUACAUUGGUGACAUACAGUAUAGAGACAUUAAUUGUACAUGCUCAAAUUGAGAAAAAACAAGCAACUCAACCGGUUUUAUAACGGAUUGCCCAAUCCGAGAGGAGGCACUGCUCGUCUCUGCCGCCUCCCCGUAUUUGAACAGGAAAAUACACAGAUUCAGCGAUAUUGCCCAUAAUAAUCUUUGGAUUGAUUGUGAUCUAAUAAUUACACUUCUAUCACGGAUCAGUGGACUUCCUGGCGAGAAUAAAUAAGCAUACAUGGUUUUUAUGAGUAGGUGCAUGGAACUUAUUAUUGUGCAUGCCAUGAAAAACAUUGCACAUGAUCAGAAAGUACUGGGUCAAAGGUCAACCUCAAAACCCAUCGUAGUCAUCUCCAGCGGGAUGGAAGAUGAGCAACUAUUGUUUUUGAAUCUCCAUGGAGAAAAAACAACAGCAGAGGUGAUGAAGUAGGAGGGGUGGACCCAAAGUAAAGAGACAAAUCAGUUAUAAGACAAGAAGCUUUUGCCAGUCAGCUGAUGUCUCCUCUCAGUGAUGGAAACCUUGGUGGGAACUGAACUUUGCUUUCCACAACUCAUCAACAGCUCCUGCAGAAAGUCAACCCGUCCUCAGGUUGAAGCAAUGUUGAUUUACACUUUGAUGUCCUCCAUCUGUCUGCUCACUGUACCACUCAACUUGCUGGUCAUCAUCUCCAUCUCCCACUUCAAGCAGCUCCACACCCCCACCAACCUUCUCCUCCUCUCUCUGGCCGUCUCAGAUUUCUUCGUCGGCCUCUUCAUAAUCUUUCAAAUAAUGAUAAUAGAUGGCUGCUGGUUGUUCGGUGAUCUCAUGUGUUCUCUUUGGGUGAUUCUAUCAUCCAUUAUUAUAUCGUCCUCAGCAGGAACCAUGGUGCUUAUAUCAGUAGAUCGAUAUGUGGCUAUUUGUUAUCCUCUGCAUUACUUCACCAAAGUCAAACCAAAAAGAGUUCAAGUCUGUGUUUGUCUGUGUUGGAUGUUUGCUGCUUUAUUUAACAGUGUGCUGCUGAAGAAUAACCUACAACAUCCAGGCAGGUAUAACUCCUGCAUAGGAGAGUGUGUUGUUGACAUUGACUACAUCGCUAAUUUUUUUGAUCUAAUUGUUUCAUUCCUUUUUCCCAUUACUCUUAUUGUCAUUCUAUAUAGUAGAAUAUUUGGGGUGGCUGUGUAUCAGGCUCGUGCCAUGCGGUCUCACAUUGCAGUUGUGACAACGAAAGUAACUGCUAAAAAGUCUGAAAUGAAAGCAGCCAGGAAUCUUGGUGUUGUUGUAGUUGUGUUUCUGAUAUGCAAUUGUCCAUAUUUUUGUUUCACUCUUACAUCCCAAAAUAACGUGUACACAGCUACAUCUGUAAGCAUUGUAAUAUGGUUGUUUCAUUUAAACUCCUGUCUCAACCCUCUGAUCUAUGCCAUUCUCUACCCCUGGUUCAGAAAAUCAAUUAAGGUCAUUGUUACACUUCAGAUACUGAAGCCUGAUUCCUGUCGGACCAACAUGCUUUAGAGACACACUGCGUUCUGUUCAAAUUAGCCUGAACAGAAUGUGGAGAAUUUUAUUCAUAGGGAAAAAUAAUAAUUAGUUGUGCCAGAGUUGGAAGGAAGCAAUUUUUUUUCUCAGGUCGCUGGGCAGACCUUAAAUAACCUGGUACACCUGUAUUGUACAACACUAUCCCUAUUCUAUGCUUCAUUAUGAAAUGAUUAAAUGAUAUGAUAAAAAAGUGCUAGCACAUGUAGAGCCUAAAAAACAAAUUGAGCAUCUAAAAAAUGCCCCAAAAAAAUGGAAAUUGAAUAAAUUUUGCUCAAAUAAUGUCAUUUGACAAUUGUCUCCAGAGUAACCAUUUCUGUGUUAAAUAUUUUGUACCAAUAUCUCAUUACGUAAACCACUUUACGUUGCAUUCAAGGUGUUCAGGAUAACCAUUUUUUUAAAUAAAAGCUUGUCAUGCAAGUCAUAGCUAUGACCCUUUUUGUUGAUUCCUGCAUUGACAGACCUUGUUGGUGUGUGCUGUGAGAAAAGUCAGUAACAUUACAAUUCAGUGUGUGCUGAUUUGUUUUGGGUGUUUGAGACGGUCUUUCCAGAGAUGGGGACUCGAGUUGGAGACUCGGGCCGUCUCUCAAUAUGCGUUCUUGUGUGGACUUUUGUUCUCGUGGACUCGUGAAACGUCAUCAGUCUCAGCCCGAGUACUGUUCCAAUUCUCAAGUCCGCAUCUGGCCGAGAACGGUCAUAAUACCCGGAUGUGGCUCGCCCCGCCCAUUUUACCGGGCAUGCAUCGGAGCAGGCUCGUCUGUUCUUGUGAGAGACAUAUAUCCCAGAAUGCAUUUCACCUCAGCAACAGGCAACAACGACAGAGGAAAAUAAACACAACUUUAUGUCGAAGUUUAUAAAUACUACUUUUUUUAAGUAACGUAAUGUAAUUUUCUGACUGAAUAGUAAAAUGUUUAAGUCAAAAACUAAAAUAAAAAUGUAUUAGCAAGACCAGCUGACGUGGUGACGUCAUCAAGUCAGCUGCUGUUCCAACUGCGGAAAUGACCGUUCUCCGUUCUCCCGAACCUGCGAGUCAGGACUCCCGAGUCUGUCUCCCGAGUCUAUUCUCGCGGGAACGCGAGUCCGUUCUCGCCGUCUUAGGUAUUGAGAAACGGCCUCGGACUCGAGUGCGACUCGAGUCGCACACACGGUGACUUCAGACUCGUCCUCGAAAGUCUUCAGACUCGACUCGGACUCGAGCUUUGGGACUCGUGAACAAUGUUUAAUUUUAGGAAAAAUCUGAUGAGCUCGCUAUAUCGCUCCCUCCGUUACCUGCCUACGUAACGCGUACAUUGACACAUAUUGCUGGCUGCGCACGCGCGGCCACACACGAGAAAGAUGUCGAAUGCCGCUGCUGGGUGGCGCUGACGGGAAGGCGGUGGUGCCGCUGGCGGUCCGACCGACGGUUCGCUGACGUCGGGACGUAUGCGUUCCAGCGGUGGACCGUUUACUCUGCGAUCUCCUUUAACUGUCUCUGUUCUGCUCACUGAAGCAAAACAAUACGUGGACAAAAAAUAUCAGAGCCAAGAGCAGCGUGUG